CCACGCCCCUCAGCCUCAAGGGGCGGAGCGUGGGUGCCGGCUGCCCGGCGCGUGCUGCCCCCGGGGGUCUCACGCGCCUCCGGAAUGGCUGCACCGUGGCAGUAGACACACCCUACCCCCAAAGGCGGACGGGGCGGGGGUCGUACCCAGGACCUGUGAACAGCAGCUUCGGGGGCCGGGGACGGUGCUGCGCACGCGGGACCCGCGGACUGCAUCUCGGGGGCGCACUGGGCCCCUGCUGGAAACAGGGACCCACUGGGGGCCUGCGGGCUGUGCCUGGGGGACUGGGUGCGGUCUUCUGAGGCUCACGAAUUGGUCUUUGCAGACUGUGCGCCAGGGGUUGGGCGAAGCGUGGCGCGAGGGGGAGGCAAGGGAAGGAGGGCGUGAGAAAGGAGGCGGCGGCGGGGAGGAGGGUUAUCUAUAUAUUUAAAAACGCGCCGCCUGCGCCGCUCAGGGAAGACCUGGCGAGCGUCUGACAGCACGCGCGAGUCACGAGCCCCCCACGCUCCUCGGCGCGCACUGGCCGCCCUCUCUCUCGGUCUCCUGCUCCUCGCUGUCCCCGGACCCCGGACGACCUAGGGCCGCGUACCCUGGGGAGUCUUGGCAGAGAAGUGCCCGAUCGUCGUUGAGACUUGACCGGCGUUCCUCUGCCCUCGGUUCCUCGCCCUCCACCUUCUUGCGGCGCGCAGAGACUCGGGGGGAGGCGCGGGGCGAGUGGAUGCAGACGCGAUGGACAGCCGCCCGCUGCCCCGGCCCGCGCCCCCGGCGCCUGGUGUCCCGGGCUGCUGCGCCGCUCGGCGGCGACCGGAGUCCCCAGAGCUGCUGCGCUGCAGCCGCCGGCGGCGGCCCGGCGCGGUGGAUCCCGGCAGUGGAGCGGCGGCCGUGGCGCGGCGCAAUGAGCGCGAGCGCAACCGCGUGAAGCUGGUGAACUUGGGGUUCCAGGCCCUGCGGCAGCACGUGCCGCACGGCGGUGCCAGCAAGAAGUUGAGCAAGGUGGAAACGCUGCGCUCCGCGGUGGAGUACAUCCGCGCCUUGCAGCGCCUGCUGGCGGAGCACGAUGCUGUGCGGGCCGCGUUGGCCGGGGGGCUGCUGGCCCCGGCCGCGCGCCACCCCUUGCCCCGCGCGCCAUCGGGGACCCCCGCCACCGCCGCCUCGCCCUCUUGCGCGUCGUCGUCCCCGGGUCGUGGACACAGCUCGGAACCCGGGUCCCCGCGUUCCGCCUACUCGUCGGACGACAGCGGCUGUGAGGGCGCCCUGAGCCCCGCGGAGCGCGAGCUGCUCGACUUCUCCAGCUGGUUAGGGGGCUACUGAGCGCCCGGCCCCGCAAGCGGCGGGAAGCGCGCUCACCCCUGCGGAGCCAGCCGGUUGGAAAGGCACCCGCCUCCGUGUUCCUCGUUCCGCGGGCCAAGCCACCACCGAACCGGGGAUCCAGCGGACGCUCCCCAGCCGUCCAGCCUGACCCAGGGCUGGUGUGGAAGUGGGUCCAACCUGACCUCCUCCUCCCGCUGGCGGCUUCCUCGGAACCCAGCCACCCUGUCCGCAGAGACCUUCCACUGGACUGGGGCUGCGGAGCCGACAUUUGGAGGUUUGAAGGGGAAAGGGCUUUAUGACCUCGCAGAUUAUGUUUUUUUUAUGAACGCAUGGACUUGAACUGCUCAGGGACACUGGCGGUAUGAAGGCUUAUUUUUGUACAAAGAACCCUUAGAUUUAGAACACAAUAAAGAUUGUUUAUUCCCUCUA